ACUUUACUAAAAAGAAUUCUUCAGCAGACAAACCAAAAGAUAAGAUGACUUAGCAAAAUUUAGUUUUGUCAAUAUGUCUGGAAAGAAUUUGAGGCCAAGAGUUAUUGAAUUAUACAAAACUUUACUGUAUUAUGGGAAGGAAUAUCCACUAGGUUAUGACUACUUUCGGGAGAGAUUGAAGAAAGCGUUUCUGGGUAAUAAAGAUGUGACAGACCCAGAAAAGAUUGAACAGUUAAUAGCUCGAGGAGAGUUUGUCAAGAAAGAAAUUGAAGCUUUAUAUAUGCUGAGAAAAUACAGAACAUUAAAAAAGAGAUAUUAUUCGGAUGAAAAAAAGAAUUGAUAACUUGUCAAAUUGUUUUAUAAAUAAAUUAUUUAUUUUUGUA